UUGCUGAAUGUUGACGGCAACUGCAAGAAUGGGGCUUAUAAGCAGUUAGAGAAGCUGUUGCAGGAAAGAGUGCCGGGAUGUAGGGUCAAGGCAUAUCCUAACAUUGAAGGCAGGUUCAAAAAACUGAAGAAGAGAUGGCAUGCAAUAACUUUUAUGAGGAAACAAAGUGGCUGGGGAUGGGACGAGGUCAAUAAAUGCAUUGUAUGUCCCGAGGGAUCUUGGGAUGAGUUUGAGAAGAAGCACACAAGCUGCAGAGGGUUGAACAAGAAAAGAUUUCCUGUCUACGAUGACUUGGCACCGGUUUUUUGCAAAGGGCGUGCAAGUGGUGAGCAUGGGGUCGACACCAAUGUUGUUGACGCUAUCGAUUUAGAGGAUGAAGAAACUGCACCUGUCGAAAAUGAAGAAAUGGAUGAUGUGUUGAUGGAGGAAAUACAAGCAGAAAUGGCAGCACAGAAUAAUCAAUCUGCCAGUGUUACCGCUUCAACCGAUGGUGCUCCAAUUAAGAAGUGA